UCUUCUUCCUGCCGAAUGUCCCUCUCUGCAGCUUCGUCUGCCACUUCCGCUGCAGCGCAGGCAACCACCACCGUUGUGGCCGUGCUCGGGGGCGGCAUCUCUGGCCUCGCUGCUGCGUACUACACUGCGCGCCGCCUGGCACCCCUCCACCACCAGUCUGAGAAGUCUGAGCAUCCGCUCAGACGCAACAACACCCGCCUCGCCCUCUUUGAGCGCGCCGACCGCCUCGGCGGCUGGAUCCACACGACCCGCGACCCCGCGACCGGCGCACUGCUCGAGCACGGGCCGCGCAGCAUCCGACCCAAGGCGGCCGUCGGCGAGGCGACGCUCGAUCUCAUCUGCGCGCUGGGCAUCGACGACCAGGUGGUCCGCGUCCCCGCCUCGAGCCCAGCCGCCUCCAAGCGGUAUCUCUACGACCAAGACGCACUCGUUGCGCUGCCAGCGUCACUCGGCGCGCUGAUCGGGUCGCGCAUGGGGCGCACGCUGCUCGCUCGCGGCGCUGCAGAGCCAUUCCGGCCGCGCCGCCCGACGCUCGGGGCAUCCAUAACCACCACGACGACAACUGCUGGUAAUACUACUACUACUAAUACUGCUGCUACUGCUGCUACUGCUGCUGGAGCAGUCCAUCACGGCGAACUCGCGCCAGAUCAGGACGAAUCCGUGCACCAGUUUUUCGCGCGCAGAUUUGGAGGCGAGAUUGCCGACUCGCUCGCAACGGCGCUGUGUCGCGGGAUUUACGCUGGAGAUGCUCGAGAGCUCAGUGUGAAUGCGUGCUUCCCAUUCCUGGGCCAGGCGGAGCGGGAUUACGGAUCGGUCGUGAUGGGCAUGCUUCGCGCCAAAUCGCCGAAACGCACUGCCGAGCAUCCCGCGUUUGUCAGCAGCUUCCGAGGCGUGAGCAUGAUUUCGUUUCGUGAAGGGUUGAAGACCCUGCCAUGCGCGCUCGAGUCGCAUCUUGAGAGCGCCGCUGGCGUUCGUCUUGCGCGCUCGACGGCAGUUUCGUCGCUCAAGCUCGUUCCUGACGGCAUUGAACUGCAGACUAUUGGAAAAGAUGGCUCGACUGCUACACACGCCGAACACGUCAUAUCGUCCUUGCAGCCAGGGGCACUUAUCAAGGUGCUGGAGCAAUCUACCUCUGCCAGCGAUUCGGGAAACGCUGCGCUUCAGCGCGCCAUUGCAAAGCUACGUGAAAUGUCGAGCGUCAAUGUCGUGACUGCGACCAUGGUGUUUGCGGCCAAGGACUUUCGGUUACCCGUCACUGGCUUUGGGUAUCUCGUCCCGAUUCGCCAGCCGUCGUCCGUGAUUGGCGUCAUUUUCGACUCGUGCGUCUUUGACAUGCACCAAGGCUCUGAGCUUGUCAAGAUUACUGCAAUGAUGGGCGGUAGCUCGUAUUCCGCCGAGCUCGAUCAGGCCGUUCGCAACGGAGCAGAUGCAGUGUGUGACCUGGCACUGCGUGACAUUUUUGUUCAGCUUGGCGUCGCUCCCGUCAAGCCACUCAGUCAGCAUGUUCGCUUCCUCGAGAACUGUAUUCCACAGCCGACGGUGGGACAUGUUUCACGCGUGAACAACAUUCGCUCCGAGCUCAAGACCGCCUUUGGCCAUCGUCUCCAUCUCGCCGGCGCAGCGUUCGGCGGCGUCAGCGUCAACGACUGCAUGGCCAGCGCGCACACUGUCUCUGAGCAUGUUCUUGCCGCGCUCUCGAGCAUUCCUCGGCCGCAAUGACAUGGUGUGUGUGUGUGAUGCGAACAACAAUACAAUACAGUGUACAGUAGAGUCAAAGAAUCGC